UAGACACCAUUUUAGAUACCUAGAGAGAUUAGACGGGGACGGUCGGCGGUCGUCGGAUUCGGUUACGGUUAGGAAGUUGUAUUUGAACGGUAAUUUAGGCUUUAAAUUCAUCAUGACUUUUAUGCAAGGACUAUCGAUGAAGACUCUAAGGCACCACUACUCGUUGGUGCCGUUAUUUAUAUCUGUUGGUGCAGGAGCUCUGCUGGCAGCUUACUAUUUAGGUAGACUAGCAAUCAAAAGUCCAGAUGCCAGCUGGGAUAGGAAGAAUAAUCCACAUCCCUGGACCAAGAUCAAGCCAGAUCAGAACAUAAAGUUCAUUGGUGCUGGAAAUGUUGACUUCAAGAACAGGAAACAACAUUACCCAGAUUACAAGGAUUAAAUCACAAUUAACUGCUGUAGAGAAACAAAUUAAUGGAGUUUAUUGGAAUGAAUGCCUAUAGUGUUCAAGAUGAGAUUGUAUUUUUAUCUUAACCAUAUUUGAAAUUGAUUAUCCUGCUGCAGCAUUCGCGGUUGCUUUGCAUUACUGUACAAUCAUCUUCAACAGUCGUAUUAAAUAAUGCACAAAACCUUUACCUCAGAAAACUAGAAAUACAAGGUUAUUAUUGAUAUUAUUGUUCAUUAUUCACACUGUUUGAAAUUGUUUGCGUGAAAACUAGGGUACCAUGUAAUUUAAUAGCCAAUUUGAAGUGGAUUUUUGAACAAAAGUCAGAUACUUAAAAUAUCACACUAACUGGUUAUAAUGUUACAUAGUGUUGAAAUAAAAAUAAAUAAGUUAAUAUA